CUGCCGCGUCCUGACGGACCCGACGCCGUGAGCGCCGUUUUUAUUUUCGGAGAAGACGCGAUUCGAAAGCGCAACUUUCCGAAGUUCGAAAAAGCUUUUCAAACUCAAAACUUUGUCGUUGUGCACUGUGUUAAAUAAGGAAUUUUUCGUGUUUUGUGUAGUUAUAGUGGCUAUGUAGAGGUCUUUACAUAUUGCUGAAUUUAAAACGAUACCUCAUAGACAAAUCAGUAACCAGCAACCCACUCCCGUUUUUUGUUGGUAACUGGGAACCUAUGGAUUUCAUUUGAACCAUGCUCUCAUCUUUCCAAUCACCAGCAGAAGAAAGUAUUACAAAAUGUGUCCAAAAUACAACAAGUACUUUGUGCUCCCAAAAAGUUUCCCUAUCUCUUUCUUGCGUAGACUUGGAGCAAGAAGCGUAUGACUACUACUGCCAGUAUAACUCAACCUCGGACAGUUGGUAUUACUGUACGGGAUGUUCUUCGAAUGUAAGCGACAUCGUCAUAUCCUUUCUAGGCAGCAACGUCAGUGAUUUCGUUGUAAGGGCGUCGCAAGCUCAGUGCCGGUUGAUAAAUAAAAGUGAUGAUAUCCUGUGGACGUGUAGGGAAAAUUUUGUCACGUGGAGUGGUCUACAUUAUGAUUGGAGUUUUUUGUUCGUUGUGGUGUUUAUUAUAGCGGGCGGUUUGGGAAACAUUUUAGUGUGUUUAGCUGUUCUGUUAGACAGACGAUUGCAAAAUGUCACGAACUACUUUUUGCUGUCAUUAGCAAUAGCAGAUUUACUGGUUAGUUUGUUCGUCAUGCCUUUGGGAGCAAUACCAGGAUUUCUAGGAAGUUGGCCUUUUGGGUUCGUCUGGUGUAAUGUUUACGUGACCUGUGACGUUUUGGCCUGUUCAUCUUCAAUAAUGCACAUGUGUUUCAUCAGCCUAGGCCGGUACCUGGGUAUCAGGAAUCCUCUCAAAACCAGACAUAGUACCACAACAAAGACAGUUGUAUUUAAAAUAGCAUUAGUGUGGUUGCUGUCCAUGUUAGUCUCUAGUUCAAUUACAGUAUUAGGUAUAAUAAACCACGAAAAUAUUAUGCCCGAACCAGGUUCUUGCGUCAUCAAUAACAGAGCCUUCUUCGUGUUUGGUUCUCUAAUAGCUUUCUACGUGCCAAUGGUCAUCAUGGUGGUGACGUACGCUUUAACAGUCCAGUUGCUGAGGAAAAAAGCGCGAUUUGCAGCUGAGCAUCCUGAGAACGAUCAAUUUAGGAGGCUCGGUGGAAGGUUUGCUCAAAAACAUGAACGAACGCCGACGAUCUCGGGAACCUUGUGGAGGACGGCAGGAAGCGGUGAAAGAUCUACAAGUAACCUACGACUGAGUUCCUCACAUUCUCAACUUCCAUACGUGAAUGGAGGAAACGGAACAGGACCAGUAUCAACUGAUCGCAGAGACCAAAGUACUCAGACACCUGAAAAUAUUAGUAAGGAAACAAGAAACUGCAAAUUAAGAUCGCUUAAAUUGCAGCUGAAUCAUACUACAUCUAAUUUAACCAAUUUUCGGUUACUGGCAAGUCGAGUAAGACGAAAACAUAUAUCAGCCAACUCUGUAGCCAAUGAACAAAAAGCAUCAAAAGUUUUAGGCAUAGUAUUCUUCACGUUCGUCCUGUGCUGGUCGCCAUUUUUCGUCUUGAAUAUAUUCUUCGCCGUCUGUCCUUUAUGCGAAGUGCCCAAAGAUGUCGUUGUAGUAUGUCUUUGGUUGGGAUAUGUCAGCUCGACGAUCAAUCCAAUCAUCUACACCGUGUUCAACAAGACCUUCAGAGGAGCCUUCAUUAGGUUACUGUUGUGCAGGUGUAAAAGACUUUCACGACCAGUACGUUAUCGUUCCGUGACCGAAAACCGCGGAACAGCUACCAGUCUUUGUACUCCAACGGCUCUACCGCUGGCUAUCAGCUUACAAGGAACCCCCUUGCUCACUCCGGCAUCUACCGAGAGCUCCUACGUCAUCAGGACGCCGUCGUCCAAUUUCUUGAGGGAGGACUCUUACGAGGAUCAUGACUGUUAAGAUAAACGCGAAGGACAUUUUAGUGUUUAUUAAUAGUUACAAUGUCAGACUGUUAAGAAGGGAAAUGUGGGAAACGGGCCAGUCAAGUAUUUUAAUAGUGCAAUAGUUUUGUUCGUUGUUUAAGUGAGAAAAUUUGGCAUCAUUGGAGAAAAUUUAUCUGACUAAUUGUGGGAAUCACACAAUGAAUGGAGAAUGUAAAGUACUAUGUAGAAUGGACACUGAGAAUCUUUUAUAACAAGUUUCUAAAAGAUAAUCCAAAGGUCUCAAAAAUAUAUUUUCAAAGAAAAAGUCAAGUAUAGGUACUUAAAAAAAGAUGUAUAUGAAAUAUGAAAUACAGUGUAAAUUUCGCUAAAAAUGGCACCACAAUAAUUUAGAAACAUUAGAUCUCAACGAAAUAGCAUUGGUCCAUAAAUAUAAAUACUUGGCGCAUGAAAUACAAAUUGCCAGGGACAAUCAAACUGCCGAUCUACAAAGAGAAAUCACCUUAGCAUUGGCCGCAUAUGGAGCUCUAUCAGACAUCUUCAACAUACCAAAUCAUCUGAAAAAGAAGGCGUUCGACUAAUGUUUGCUUCCAGUCAUAACUUCUUCUUCUUCUUCUUCUUCUUCUUCUUCUUCUUUUAUAUAGGCAGUACUGCCUGUUUUUCUUCAACGGUGCCUUUCAUUCUGCCCCUAAGUUGUCAUUCCAUCUUUUCCUUGGGCGUCCUAUACUUCUCCUGCCUAACGGUGACUUGUCCCUGGCUAUUCUUACUAUCCUUGAUUCAGACAUCCUGCUUAUGUGCUCAUUCCACUCUUCCUUUCUGUUCUUUACCCAGGUAUUUAUAUUGUCUACUCCACAUAUGCGUCUGAUUUCCUCACUUCUUACCCUAUCCUGUAGUCCUUUUCCAGCAAUCCUUCUUAAAAUCCUCAUUUCGUUGGUUUCCAGAUGUCUUCGUGUUUUGCUUGUAUCUGGUCUUGUUUCGGCCGUGUAAGUCAUAACUGGCCU